UCCAAUAAGCAAGACUUGAAUAGUGGGGCAAGCAAAAUACGCAAUUACCGUUUCUUAACAAGUACGAAUUGCCAGUGGUUUUGAUUUGGUGAAGGGGUUCCUCCAUUAACAAGCAAGCUUUCAAUCAAUCCUCCAUAGCAAACAAAUACCAAAAUCGAUUCCUCGAAAAAUGCAGAAUUGGUUUUCAGGGGGCGUUGGUAGUGAUGAAACUUCUCCCCAGCAGCCCAAGUUGUCUUCGUCCUCUUCUCUGCUUGCAGAUUGGAAUUCAUACGCCGCCGCUAGAUCUUCCGAAGAGAGUAGCAGCGGCUCCCUCGUCGGUGUUUUUGAUAUCGAAUCCGCUGUCAGGUCCGCCAACGACACCGUUUCCGGCACCUUCAAUGUGGUUUCGAAAGGAGUGAGAGAUAUACCCGGAAACUUUCAGUCUGCCACGAGUAGCAUCCCUUCUGGAAAAGCACUCAUGUAUUUUGGCUUGCUAUUAGCAAGUGGAGUUUUCUUUAUAUUUAUAGCAUUCACUCUAUUCCUUCCGGUGAUCGUGUUGGUGCCUCAGAAAUUUGCCCUCUGCUUUACUGCCGGGUGUGCCUUCAUCAUCGGUUCGUUUUUUGCCCUUAAAGGUCCAAAGAAUCAGUUUACCCACAUGUCAUCAAAGGAGAGGCUCCCGUUUACAUUAGGGUUCCUUGGCAGCAUGAUUGGCACCAUUUAUGUCUCUAUGGUCCUUCAUAGCUAUGUUUUAUCUGUGCUCUUUUCUGUGCUUCAGGUUAUGGCUCUAGCAUACUAUGCAAUCUCUUACUUUCCGGGUGGAUCAGCUGGGCUGAAGUUCAUUUCGUCAUCGUUGACAUCUUCCGUUUUGAAGUGCUUUGGCAGGUGACACGGUAAGGAAUACAUUUGUAGUUCUUUGUUUUUUUGAACGGAAGAAUAUACUUGUUAAAGCCAUAUGGUGGUAUUUUAUAUUUCAAUAGCUUCCAUUAUGCUCAGAAAUUUUCCCCAUAGUGAUUUAGUGACAUUAUAUUCGAGUCCUUAACCAUGAUUUCACCUUGCAUAUCAUUUGAAUUAGGGAUGUGAUUUGUUUCCCUAAUAUAUUCUUUAUUAGAGAAAAUCAUAAGCAGUAAGUUUUGUCAAAUUAAAAAUGGACUGUGAUUACAGAUGUUGAUCACUUCCCAUAGGAACUGUAUCAAACAUCAUGACUUGGAUUUACGAUUUUAUUUUCUGUGAACGCCUUUAAAUGAAUUCAUUUUACUAUGAA